AUGACAAUCCACGAUUGCCAUCUCAACCCAUACGCCGCGCAACGAAUACUCUGGGCCGGCGACCGCGCCCUCUUUCCCCUCCAACCCUUUUGCUGCACAUACUCUCAAGCCGCCGACCUCAUCGCCGACAACAUCAGCAAUGUUCUCCAAGGCCCCACCGGAAACCCCCCUCACGAUCCCUUCCAAAGACUCAAGCAAAACUGGAACGCAUCGAAUCUCUCGGAUCUCGCCAAUAUUGUUAAGAGUCCCUGGUUAAAAGGUAAGAAAGAACAAGAUUUACUAGAUCUCUAUUUUGAAUAUUUCAACAACAUGAUUUUUGGCGGCGGUCUAAAUGCUCUUAGGUGUACUAUGAAACUCGAGGAGCCCACUCGGGAACAGAAGGAACGAUCAGUGUUGGGCACAACUGUGGAUAAGAGGUCGGAAGCAGAUACCACGAAGCAUAAUAUCAGGAGUCAUGUGAGUGUUUUUGUGCGGUACCCGGCGCCAGAAACCGAAGCACAGUCAGUGGUACUGUUGAGGAAUUAUCUGGGCACCAUGUUGCAUGAGAUGGUGCAUGCGUUUUUUAGCAUCUAUGUCUGUAAAUGUAACACGGUGUGUCGAGAUAAGGUGUUGGAAUUUGAGCAGAGUGGCCAUACGGGUCAUGGUAUGAACUGGCAAAAUGCAGCGAGGAGUAUCGAGAGGUUUGUGCGUCACGGACUAAGGUUGGAUAUUCGAUUAGGGAGGGAAGAAGCCCUGGGCUUGGAACUGGUGAUGGCGGAUAAGCAGCUGUGGUUAGUGGAUUUGGAGAAGCUGGGCAUGGAUGAGGAAGUGGUAGAUCGCGAGAUGGAUUGGUAUGCGUCUAUCUUCAUCGAGGAACUGGAGGAGCGAAAGAGGAUCGAGCGGGAGAAUGAUGAGCGCUUGCAGAAAUUGGAAGAGGAGCGCUUGGAGAGGGAAGAACAGGAAGAAGAAGCGAGGCGGAAGUGGGAGGCGGAAAGACCGGCGCGAGAAGCAAAGGCGAAGAAGGAUCUGAGAGAUAAGAGAAUACUCUUGCUUAAUGAUUUGCGAUUGAAAAGUAGGCGCGCUAAUUGGAAUGGCGUUUUCAAACGUCUCUCUAAACCAAUCCUUAAGCCUAUUCCUUCACCUCCACCCCCUCCUCCACCUUCUUCACCCGGAGCUCCCACCCCACCUCCUCCACCUCCUCCACCUCCUCCCUCAAACCCAAACCCAAACCCAAACCCAAAUCCAAUCCCAACCCCUAACUUCCUCCUCGCCCGCCGCUCCCACUCCCCCUCCCACCGCAGCAAAGCCGCCCAAAAAGCCAUCAUCAAAAACAGCAAAAUACCCACGUCCGCAUAUCCCUACAUAAACCGCACCAUUAACCCCAAUAUCCCCAAUAUCCCCACAGCCAAACCCAUGAAAUAUAAAACCGCGUCGAAUAUUCAGAAACGGACGUAUGAGAAUAAAUCUACAGCGAUAUCUACCGUGGCAAAGGCUAGGAGAUUGAGGGCCCAUGUUGCAAAUGCAAAGGUGUUGGAUCUCGAGAAGUUGUGGGGACUGGAUGGGGUGGCGAGAGAGGUGUGGAGACUAAGGGGGUAUUGA